AAAACAAUCCUCGUUGCAUGGAGUAAGGCCCUGACCCUUCGCCAAAACCCUAGGAACAAAUCUCUCCUCGCGGAAUCCUCCCCUUUUCCACGUAUUCAUCUCUCAUGGAGGAGCUCGUUACCGGCACCAUUGACAACAUCUUCUCCGGCGCCGACAAAGAGGUUCUUGUGGACGUCGUGCGAUUGAUCCAAAAGCAGGGGUUGAAUAGCUCUCGGGGAAAUUGGAAAGAAUUUCUGAACUCCUACGACAGGAAACUGGGUGAUUCUUUGAGUGAUCCUUCAAAAAGGUCUGCGGAUGUUCUUACAGCUUUCCUAAAGAGCUUCAAUCAGACCAAAGACUUGAUGUUUAUAGGUAAAAUAUUCAGGCACUUUAGGGAUCAGAGAGCCUUUGAGAUGCAUAUUAAGAAUUCCCUAAAUGAAGAGACCCCUGAACAGAGGCUAGUUCGAUUGACAAUGGAGCACCCGCAGUACAGGAGAAACUAUUAUUGUGACGCUUAUAAUACGGACUGGAUUGUUGUGCCACUGGGCGAUAUGUCCAAGGUAAUGAAGUCAAGCAGCAUGCUUUCUGUUGAUUGCGAGAUGGUUCUAUGCAAUGAUGGUACCGAGGAGGUCGUGAAAGUAUGCGCAGUGGAUAAUAAAUUAAACGUUAAACUAAACAAAAUUGUGAAUCCCAACAAAUCUAUUUCUGAUUAUAGAACAGAGAUAACUGGUGUUUCAGCUAAAGAUUUGGAGGGAGUUACAUGCUCCUUGGUUGAUAUACAGGGUUCUAUGAAGAAGCUUUUGAAGCAUGGAACUAUUCUAGUUGGUCACAGUGCACAUAAUGAUUUGCGAGCAUUAAAAAUUGCACACCAUCGAGUGAUUGACACAUCAUACAUCUUCAAGUACUCGGAAGUUCGUCUUACUUAUACACCUUCACUGAACAGUCUGUGUAAGGCUGUGCUGGGCUAUGAAGUUCGGAAGGAAGGCGAACCACAUGAUUGCCGAAUAGACGCAGAAGCUGCCAUGAAGCUAGUUCUUGCGAAGCUCGGGCACGGAUUUGACGAGCCUCUUAAAAUUGAUAAAAGAGUGCCUGAUUUCAGUCAUGCAAUGCUUCUGCACAAAAUUCCGGUUGAGGUUCCUUGUCAAGAACUGAAGAAAGUAUUUCCUCGAGAUUUUUAUGUUGAUAUAAAGGCUGAUUUAAAAGUUCGAGGUCCUUUUUAUUCUACACAUGCUAUUUUCAAGGACGAUUAUGAGGCAAGCAUUGCUUUCCGAAGGAUAGAUGGACAAGAGAGGAAGGACUGUGAAGGCCGUCCCCAGAAACUUGUAUGUCUAAAGCUCAGUACAGGACAGCUUACCAGCUUCUACGUCUGCAAAACUAUGUCUUCCUCCCCACCUGAAGAUUCAAAGAGGCAGAGAAUUUCUUCCGCCAUUGAUGCCAAUGAGGGCCGAGCUUGCUCAUCCGAACCCUGUAAACAUGCAGAAGAAAUCUUCAGACUGAAGCAGCAGCUUAGUGCCAGGGAAGAUGAAAUAUUUAGCCUGCAAAGGAUUCUUUCAGAUCUUACUAGAGGUUAGCUUCCCAUGUAAUUUUACAUUUUUGCUGUAUGCAUGUUUCAUAAAAUUUUGUUUGUCUCGUGAAUUAUUUUCUUAGAUGCAUAUUUAUUUAUAUUUGUU